CAAGCUAUAUUUAACACACGCGACUGGAAAGCAGUUAUUCUUUAAACUAAUCGUCGCCACCAUGUCCCACACUACUGAUAACAUCUCCAAGCCGAAGUCCAUGAGCAGAGCCAAGUCAUGGACGGUGGAAGUGGAAAACCUAUUCAGAUUCCAGAAAGCUGGCUACAGAGAUGAGCUGGAGUACACACAAGUCAAGCAAGGGGCCUUGAUUGACAAAUGGCCAGAGACCGGCUUUGUGAAGAAGCUCCAGCGUUGAGACAACACGUUUUAUUACUACAGCAGAAAACGGGAAUGCCAGGACCGUGAUGUGCACGAAGUCAAAGUCUACACAUAUUGA